UUCCCUGACCACACAAUGUUUCCCACUAUGCAACCGUCCAGAUGUAAGUGCCAUUGUCCUGGUGCUGCCCCAGGAACAAGACAGCUACGUCUAAGAACUCUGGGAACAAGACCAGCAAGCAUCAUGGGAAGCCUGAGCCACAGUCCUCAUUCGAAUAGCCAGGCCACGAAUAAAGGAAUGACAAAUUUCCUCCCAGCAGUAAGAACUUGGCCCGGGUUUUCCUGGUUGGUCACGAUUAUGUCGAUAUGGCUUGUUUUAGUUGCCAUGGCAACUCCAUCAAGCGGCGUGGAAUGUAACGUACCGAGCGAGACCCCCUGGCGGGGCCAUGCAGUGAGUUUCUCGCGGGAAUGGGGGAUCGACUGGGCGUGUAGCAGCUACUUUAAUUGUUACGGCGUCAACGCGACCCUUGAGAAUAUCCCACAACUCUGUCCCGUAGAAAUGCAAGAAGGCGAUUCCUUGUACCUAAAUUCUACUUCGAUCAUCUUUUUCCCAGAAGUAAAAGCGGUAAACGUGUCUGAACAAGACUUUGUCAACUGCCCAACUAACUAUUCUCUAGACCAACUGCUUUUUGGCAACAUGUCGACUGCUGGCAUGUCUCUGUUGGUUGAUUCGAGAUUUCUCACACCCGGAGUGAAGUAUUUCGCACAAAUUCCAGACGGCAAUUCUUUCGGUACCUGUGAAUUUGGGCUGAGAGUCAACGUCACGGUAAAAACGAGAGAUUGCGAGCCUGUGAGUUCGGACCCAGAAUGCACCCGGAACGGACGGUGCGUGACAAGGCCUCAAGAGGAGACGUACGGCUGCGCGUGUGAUGUCGGGUUUAUCGGACAGUACUGUGGGGAGCUGGACGGUUGCUAUGACAACCCGUGCCUGUACGGUACAUGUGUAGAUGUGCAGGAAGGGUUGAAUGGAAGAGACUACAACUGCACUUGUGAGGAGGGGUUUAAAGGUAAGAACUGUUCAGAGCUGAUAGACUUGUGCACAGACGGCGUGUGUAACAACGGUACCUGUGUGAACGGCACUGCUACAGACAGCCACUACUGCGUCUGUUACCCAGGCUAUACUGAUCCAACAUGCGACACCGUCAUUGACCUGUGCGAAUUAUCUCCCUGCGAAAACGGAGCUACCUGCACUCCCGUCGUUCCACUGGACUACAGCUGCGAAUGUGUGGCUGGGUUUACAGGCAAGGACUGCGAGGUGGACAUCAACGAGUGUGCGUCCAACCCGUGUACUGUCGGCGCCACAUGCGAUGACCUCAUUGACGGUUACGUAUGCGUUUGUACGGAAGGGUACACGGGUGUCGGUUGCGACGUCGAAAUCAACUUCUGCGACUCAGAACCGUGUAAGAAUAACGGAACGUGCAACCGCGAGUUUAAUGGCUACACGUGCACAUGUGCAUCCGGCUUCACGGGUCCGACGUGCGACUUUCCAGACCAUGAUUGCGAGAGCGAUACGUGCCAAAAUGGCGGACAGUGCAUUCAAAUUCCCAACGGAUUCGAGUGUCUCUGUCAGCCUGGUUGGACUGGAGACAUCUGUGAUGAGCGAGAAAACUACUGUGUAGACAUCAACCCAGACGUGUGUCAGAACGGGGGAACAUGUCAGGACACCAGCCUGCCGUACGGACCCCCCAGCUACAACUGCACCUGUGUACCUGGAUGGCAGGGUAGAGAUUGUGAGGUGGAGACAGAUGAGUGUGAAUCGAAUCCCUGUUUAAAUGGAGGAACCUGCUUUGAAGCUUUCAACUACUUCAAUUGUACCUGUGUCCUUGGUUACAACGGAACCCAGUGUGAAAACAACAUCGACGCCUGUCAGCUGAGCGGUCCACCCGAGGAGAAGUGUCUGAACGGAGCCACAUGUCUGGACGGAGACAUCGGACUGGAGUACUCCUGUCUGUGUGUCCCGGGGUUCAUAGGUUCCAACUGUAGUGAGGAGAUUCUGGAGUGUGAGUCGGAGCCGUGUCAGAAUAACGCCACCUGCCUGGAUCUGAUUGGUCGAUACGAGUGUAACUGUACCGACGGGUUCUACGGGGUCAACUGUGAGAGCGACAAGGACUGGUGCGAGGAUGAGCCCUGCUUCAACAGUGGUACCUGUAUCACGGUACUUGGGUGGUACCGUUGCGAGUGCGCCCCUGGCUGGACGGGAGAGAACUGCACCGAGAACAUCGACGAGUGUGUGAACAACACCUGUCAGAAUGGAGCCACCUGCCACGACCAGGUGGCCUCCUACAGCUGCGAGUGUUCCGUGGGUUUCAACGGUACUUACUGUGAGAACAACAUCGAUGACUGCGUCUCCCUCCCGUGUCAAAAUGGCGGCACCUGUCACGACCAAGUCAACAACUUCACCUGUACGUGUGCGCCCGGUUUCACCGGGAAGGACUGUUCCACGGAUAUUGACGACUGCGAAUCUUCGCCGUGCCAAAAUAGCGCCACCUGCGAGGACUUGGUUAAUGACUACAACUGCAGCUGUUCUCCAGGCUACGAGGGGAAGAACUGUACGGUUGAUAUCGAUGACUGUUUGUCUUCUCCGUGCGAGCAUGGCGGCACGUGCAUUGACGCCGUAAACGACUUUAACUGCAGGUGUUCGGCCGGGUAUACUGGAAAAAACUGCUCGGAAAACAUUGAUGACUGCGAAGCGUCGCCUUGCGAAAAUGGUGGGACUUGUUCCGAUGCCAUCAACGAUUACGUCUGCACGUGUGCUCCCGGUUACGCCGGGAAGAACUGUUCCGUAAACAUCGAUGAUUGCGCGUCUGCGCCGUGCGAAAAUGGAGGCACGUGUCUUGACGAGGUUAAUGACUUCAGCUGUACCUGCAUGCCCGGUUAUACAGGUAAAAACUGCUCAAACGACAUCGACGAAUGCGAAUCGUCACCGUGUGAAAACAACGCUACAUGUACCGACCUUGUUAACGACUACGCGUGUGACUGCACCGCUGGCUUUGAUGGCAAAAACUGCUCCAAUAACAUCGACGACUGCUUGUCCCUCCCCUGUGAGAAUAAUGGAACGUGCCUGGAUCUCGUAGAUGACUUUGACUGUCAAUGUGCUCCUGGGUUUGAGGGUAAAAACUGCUCUGUGAACAUCGACGAGUGUUCUUCCAACCCUUGUGCUAAUGAUGGCUUGUGUAUGGAUGGCAUCAAUGGAUACCAGUGCUUCUGUGUACCAGGGUUUAUUGGAGAGAACUGCAGUAUCAAUAUUGACGAGUGUCUGACAGCACAUUGUGAGAACGGCGCUACCUGUACAGACCUGAUCGAUGGUUAUAACUGCACCUGUGCCUCAGGCUGGAGUGGAGAAAACUGCACAGAGAACAUCAAUGAAUGUCUGUCUAGUCCAUGUGGCAUCGGCACCUGUCUUGACAACAUUGACGGGUACAACUGCACCUGUCCACAAGACAUCUACACUUACGAUGGCCACUGCAACAUCAUCGAACCGUGUAGCUCAAACCCUUGCCAGGCAAACACAACAACAACAUGCAACAACACGAUCGUAAACAACAUCUAUACAUACAUCUGUGUCUGCGUAGCAGGUUUUGACGGACAAAAUUGCGAAGAAAACAUUGAAGAAUGCGUUGUUGAAAAUGUUUCGUGUCAAAAUGGAGGGACGUGCAGAGAUCUUGUGAAUAACUACACGUGCGAAUGUGCUGCUGGGUUUACUGGGAGGCACUGCGAGGUGAAUGUAGACGAAUGCGAGGCUAACUUCUGUCAGAACGGCAGCACCUGCGUGGACGGGAUCGACGGUUACACUUGUAGCUGUGCUCCUGGGUUCAAAGGUCAAUACUGCAACGAGACAAUAGACAGAUGUGAGGACACACCUUGCCUGAAUGGUGAGACGUGCACCGAUACGCCAAAUAGCGUCACAGGACUACCGUUCACAUGUCAAUGCGCGACCGGCUUCAAUGGCACAUUCUGCGAACUGAACAUCGACGAAUGUCUAUCCAAUCCUUGUCAAAAUGGCGGAACCUGCCAAGACGGCGUCAACGAAUAUCUGUGUGUGUGCCAGCCUGGUUUCAACGGCACCAACUGCGAAACCGACAUUGACGAAUGCGAAAACGAUUUUUGUCAGAACGGUGCCACCUGUAACGACCAGGUUAACAACUACACCUGUACAUGUGCGGCGGGUUUUGAAGGAAGAAACUGUGAAAUCAACACGGACGAAUGUGCGUCUAACCCGUGUAAUCCACAGACUGGCGUAUGCGUGGAUGAAAUAAAUGGCUACAGAUGUUUCUGUUUAAAUGGUUGGACAGGGAACAACUGUAGCGUGAAUAUCGACGACUGCGAAAGCCGGCCGUGCGUAAACGGAGCCACCUGCGUUGACGAAAUCGGAGGCUACAGUUGUACGUGUUUGCCGGGAUAUGAGGGGACGGACUGUGAGGUUGAAAUCGACGAAUGCGAAUCUGAUCCAUGUCAAAAUGGAGGAGCGUGUAACAAUGGCAUUGACGAGUACAGUUGCAGCUGUGUGCCUGGUUACGCUGGGACCAACUGUGAGAUCAACAUCGAUGAAUGCGAUCCCCAACCCUGUCAAAAUGGCGGUACGUGCCUGGAUUUCAUAAACAGCUACUUCUGUGUCUGCACGUUCCCGUAUGUCGGUACCAACUGCUCCCAGCUUCCGUGUGAACAGUCCCCAUGUCAGAAUGGAGGAAACUGUACGCACACGGACUUUACAGUGGAUGAUGGGUUCGGUUAUACCUGCAGCUGUCCCGCUGGAUUCAUAGGUCGUAACUGUGAGCUGAACUUUAAUGACUGUUGGAGGCAGCCGUGUGUGAACGGUUUCUGUCAGGACGGCAUCAACGGUUUCAUCUGCUUGUGUGAUCCUGGUCAGUACAACCUACUAUCACAAAACUUGAAUACUUGA